AUGGCCGACGUAGAUACCUCAGCCCAAGCGGCCUCCUCGCCCCGAGAUCCCGAUGCGCCGCCGUUAAGUGCGGGCUCGACCGGUCCCCAGUCCCAACCCGAAGCCCAUCCGGCUCCUCCAGUCGUUUCAGAAGAAUUGAAAGCUCGUUUGGAUAAGGUCAUCUAUUCCGAUAUCGGUAUCACACACCCUCUUGACUCGAUUGGAAGCAAAGCGUUGCUUCAGCUAGGCGCCAGCUACAAUGACUUGAGUCGGUUUCACGACCGCAUGGCCGACCAUGGACUCCAGUUCUCCGUCUCCCUCCAACAGAUGGCCGAUGAUCUUCACGAACUCGCGGCGAACACUGAACGUGGUCGAAAGCAAUGGAAGCAAACCGGACUGAGUGCGGAGAAGAAAGUGACCGAAGCCGAAGCUUCGGCGGAGAAAGCGAAGGCAAAGUACGACUCACUGGCGGAACAAUAUGAUCGCGUCCGGACAGGUGAUAAGCAGGGCGGUAAAUUUGGUCUGAAAGGCCACAAGUCGGCUGCUCAGCAUGAAGAAGAUCUACUCCGCAAGGUCCAAAAUGCCGAUGCGGACUAUCAGGCAAAGGUCCAGGCUGCCCAAACCGCUCGCCAGGAGCUGGUUGCAACCCAUCGCCCUCAGGCGGUGUACAAUAUCCAGAAAUUGAUCGCUGAAUGCGACUCCGGGCUGGGAUUGCAAUUACAGAAGUUUGCAACCUUCAACGAGAAGCUCUUGGUGGGACAAGGCUUGUCUAUCAGUCCUCUGAAAGACGGAGCUACCGCGGGCUCCAAAAGCCUUUAUGAGGUCGUCCAACACGUAGACAACCAGAAGGACUUCCAUGACUACAUCCUGAGCCAUGAAAGUAAUCCUAAUGCAGUGGCAUCGGAGCAGAUCCAAUAUCACCGUCAUCCGACCCUUGGUGGUGGCCCGUCGCCAGUCGUUGGCACCUCACAAACUAGCACUCAAAACAAACGCCAGUCGAUGUUACCACAGUCCUUCUCCCAGCAACAACUGCCUUUGUCGCAACCAUCUGUGCAGACUCCAGCAUCUGCACCUGCAGCAGAGCCAGCACCGACCACGCAGACAUUACCUUAUCAUCCGCCCCAGCCUGAUUCGUUUUCGGCCCCCUACCAGCCUCCAUACCCGACCAGUGCGAAUGAGAAAGCUCCCCUCAACCCACCGGCCAUGACAGGAUCCUUAGCCCCCCAACCGAGCCCGUUACCGCCUCCCACGAGCACUUUCCAAUCACAUCUUCCUCCGUUGAAACCAGUGUUCGGCGUGAGUCUGAAUGACCUGUACGCCAGAGAUGGGACUGCCGUCCCUAUGAUCGUCUAUCAGUGCUUCCAGGCUAUUGAGCUUUUCGGUCUGGAUAUGGAGGGCAUCUACCGUCUGUCUGGUAGCGCAAAUCAUAUCAGUCAGAUGAAAGCCCUCUUUGACAAUGAUUCGUCCCAAGUGGACUUUACCAAUCCCGAGAACUUCUAUCAUGAUGUGAACAGUGUGGCUGGUUUGUUGAAGCAGUUUUUCCGGGAUCUCCCUGAUCCUCUAUUCACCUCGCAGGCCUAUGCCGAUUUCAUCAGCGCAGCACGGAUCGAUGACGACAUCCAGCGCCGGGAUUCUCUCCAUGCCCUGGUCAACAACCUCCCUGACGCGCACUACGCCACUCUGAGGGCGCUGAUUCUGCAUCUCAACAAAAUCCAAGAACACUACACACAAAACCGCAUGAAUGCCGGCAACAUUGCCAUUUGCUUCGGGCCUACGCUCAUGGGCGCCAGUUCGGGCGGUGGCGGUAACAUCGCAGAUGCCGGAUGGCAGGUCCGUGUCAUUGAGACGAUCCUGGUGAACACGUUCCAGAUCUUUGACGACGACUGA